AUGGAUGCGGAUAGUUUAGACGAGUCGUCAAAAGACUACAUUCCGCCGGCAGUGGUAAAAGUCAAUCAGAAGUACGACGAAUUGUUCUCCAGUGUCGUUUCAAACGCAUUUAUGAUGGAUAUUCAAAAAACGCCUGAUCAGUACUAUGCAGAAAAAGCCGCUCAACAGCUCCAAAACCCCCCAGAAUCGGAUUCAGAUUCAGAAGACGUCAUUCAACUGGACGACUCUUCUGAAGACGUCAUCGAAGUCGACGUCCUGGAAUCGCGGCUUACAGAUAUCAAAAAACAACUAAAGGAGACGAAAAAAUCAGUGAAAGCCAUCCGAAGAAAACAGAGAUAUGCCGAGAAGGCGGCGGCGAGAAUCGCGGCGGAUCUUCUCAAAUUUUCCAAAAAAUCCGUUGUUAAAGAACUGAAAAUGAGGAAUUCUGAAUCGACGUCAUCGUCGACGUCGUCAGACAUUGAGAUUCUGGAAACGGUGCCAAUGGAACAUCCGUGUAGUUGUGGACAAGUUUUCGAGGAUCAUAUGGAGUGUCAUAGACACAUUUUUGAGGAGCACGCCGACAACGACGUCACCGGCGACUGCGUCCACUGUGGUCAUCGUCGAGAGCAGAUUUUCGCUGGAAACGGAUGUUAUAUUUGCUAUAAAUUCGCUCCAAAUCUCGACGAACACUUGGCUGGACACUAUAGGAAUUGCACGGCAAAACACGCGGUUAUGGAGUGCAGAUUUUGUCCGAAACAGUUUAAAACCGAAGUCGGAGAAUGUCCAUUCUGUCGUCUGAAUUUCGCGUCUCGAAAAUGUUUCAAGAACCAUUUGCUGCGCUCCCAUUGGUUGGCAUGUAAAUCGGUGUCAAACAUGAGUCUGGAGGACAUAAAAUCGAUGGGCACGACGACUACGGUAGAUGAUCAAAAAGGUACGGUAGAUCAAAGAAGCGAUGAGGAGAUUCGAAAAGAGAUCAAUGAGCUGUCGAAAAUGGCUGAAGUUCAUGAGAGGAUGAGAAUAGUGACGGAAGAAAUGAAGCGAGAAGUGAAGGAUGAGAUUGAGGAUGAUGGUUAUCAUGGAAAUUAUUGA